UCAAAACGACAAUAAAAAAAGAACUCCAAAAAGUAAAGUGCCGAUUGUUGAAUUACUUGAUAAUUUUAAAUUACAAUUACGAUAAUUAAUAAGAGACUGUUAGUAAAUAAUAAAUAUUCACAAGCAAUUUAUUUAUUGACAGUAAAGAUGUCACUUUUGACAGCGAACUGUGCAAGAUUAAAUUUAUACAGGCAUUUAUUACGUACAUCGGUAUCAUCACAAUUAGCAGCUCGGACAUCAACAUCAAAACCAACAUUGUAUGAAUCUAAAAGAUUUCCUGGGUACCAAGUACUUUAUAAUUUUGAAAAUAUAAAAAAUGUCAGUUUAGUUAAUCGAUUAAAGUAUCGCAUGUCAAUAUUAUCAUGUAUUGUCAUCCCAUCAUCGAUGCUGUUGGAGGUUACGAAUUUGAUGCCUCUAAGCAUGUCGGAAGCAUUUACAUUUUUAACGGUUGCAGUGACAAUUUUUUUUCAUGGAAUCGGAUUAUUUUGUAACAACGUAAUCGGGUACAUUUACUCCAAACCAAAGAGCAAUGAUUUAAAAAUUUCCUACGUUAAUUAUUGGGGCAAAAGAAUUGAUAUAAACGCUAACGCUAAAACAAUAACUUGCACUGAAUCAUCAAAUAUGUUUUUCCGACCAUUAUUUAAUUCAGUUAAAACAGAAACUACUAAAUUUCCAUUAAAAUUGUAUGUAAAAGGAAAAGUUAUGGAUGAAAAACACUUUGAUAAUAUAUUUGGUAUUCCAUUUUAAAUAAAUUUAUGUUUAUAGUAUAA